AUGUCCACUACCGCUGAGGAUGCAGCAACCCAAGAGCGUCAAGGAAAUUCCGUCUAUGCAGCACUGGCGCGUACGGCCACCAGAGGCAUGGCAUUAUACUUCUCUCGCCCAAGGCCUCGCCACCCUACACGGGGCAUCUCUGACCCCGCACUACAUGGUUUCGCUCGUAAAGAAGCAAGGUGUAGUUUCUUCGUUCUUAUCAUCUCCCCAUCCGCACCAUCUCAUAGUGUUUUCCCCCACGACCAGUUUAUGGUGAUACCCAAACACUUUAUACCUCCCAUGCUAGUCAACGCUGCGCUGGGAACUGUUCUUUGGACGACGUACACGGAAACAUCUACUUUCCUCGACCUACAUCUCGGUCCUCACCCUACUACUCUCGCCGCUCUUUCAGGAGCUAUGGCGGGAGGUAUGCAAGCUUUGGCUGCUGCACCUGCCGAAAACGUACGGCUCAUUAUCGAAGGGACUGCGGGUAGAAGCUGGUCUUGCGCGUGGAAGGAAGUGUUUCGAGGUACAGAACCUCCGCAAUCCAUGGGAAACCAGGAGACCAUCAGGGAGAUGAGGCAAGUCAGGGACUGGAUCAAAGAAGUCAGGGAUACUGCUGGCCGAGGCUGGGAUGGUUGGGGAUGGGGAUGUGCGAAGGAUGUAUGUGGCUUUGCGGCCUUUUUUGCGAUAUUCGAAAUCACUCGAAGAGUGGCAAUACAUAUGAAGAGCGCAACUUACCGUGUCACGCCUUUGAUCACUUCGGAAGGGGAGCAGGAGAAACGUCUUAGGCGCUAUCUGCCUCGGACUGUUCAUGGGGUAACGCUCGUAACGGGAGGCGCGAUCGCUGGUCUUGCUUACGAGGUCCUGAGCAGACCAUGGGACGCGGCAAGAAAGACUGUCCAGCUUGAUAGAAUUCUACAUUCGCCAAACGAACGGUCUCCUUCGGUCGCGAUCUUGAAGAAAUUUCGAGACGAGGGUCUGAUAUAUUUUUUCCGCAAUCCUACUACUCCUCAUGCAACUACUUCAAAUGGGAGUCGUCGGAUAUAUACUUUCCUUCGUACGAUUGCUCGCGUUGGUCCUUGGGGAGUAGGGUUUUUAGUUUGGGAAGCACUUGGACCAGGGAUACAAUGA